AUGAAACUAGAUACUACAUUAUUCUUGCUUCUAGCAUCGGUAGCUAAUUGCUUGCAUUUCUAUGUGCAGACCGAUGAAACAAAAUGCUUCUACGAGGAUUUACCAAAAGACACUAUUGUUGUUGGUAAAUAUGAAGCAUUAGAAUACGACACGCAGAACAAAGAUUACGUGAAAUCCGAGCAUUUGCAAGUGGAAAUUACUGUGGAUGAGACAUUUGAUAAUAAUCACAGAGUUGUGUCUCAAAAGAAUUCACCAAUUGGUCAGUUUACGUUUACAUCACUUGAUUCGGGUGAGCAUAGAUUCUGUAUUACCCCUAGACAUACAAAUUGGAGUAAGCGUAGCAAACACAGGAUAUAUUUGGAUCUGGCCGUUGGAGAUGCCAAACCUUUGGUCGAUUCGAGAAGGGAUGAGGAUGUGAAUUACUUAACCAUGAAGACUAAUGUGUUGGUUGAGAGGCUUCUGAAGAUCAGAAGGGAGCAAAGUCUUUUCAGGGUUAAGGAAGCCGCAUUCAGGGAUAUCUCUGAAUCUGUUAACUACAACAGUGUCAAAUGGACUUGCAUUCAGGUCGUUGUACUUGUUGCUAUUGGAUUCUGGCAGGUAUCUUACCUAAAGAGUUACUUUGUUAAGCAAAAGGUCGUUUAA